CGGGUGAGGGCGGCGAUGGCGGUGACGUCACGGCCAGUGAUGGCGGGCCCGGGCCGGGCGCUGCCCUCAGGCGCCUCCAAAUGGGAGAUCCGGGAGAAGGUGUGGGAGCACCUGGAGGCCUCCGGCCUGGCCGAGUUCCCGCGGCCCGUGCGCGGCCGCAUCCCCAACUUCAAGGGCGCUGCCCACGCUGCCGCCAGGCUGCGGGGCCUGCCGGCGUUCCGGGCUGCCCGCGCGGGCUCUCCGCAGGCCUGCUGCUCUCUCGGGGAGCUGGAUGCGUUCGGCAGAGCGCGGGAGGUGAAGGUGGAUCCCGACAAACCCCUGGAAGGGGCGCGGCUGGCGGCUCUGCAGGCAAGGAAGACUCUGCUGGUUCCCACACCACGGCUGAGGACUGGGCUGUUCAAUAGGAUUGUUCCCCCUCCAGGUGCCACCAAGGAGAUCCUGAGAAGAUGUGCCACGUCUCAGGGUGUCAGAGACUACAGCGUGCCUGUGGGGCUGGAUGGGAAAGCACAAGUGGAUUUGGUUAUUGUGGGAUCAGUGGCUGUCUCUGAAAAAGGCUGGAGAAUUGGCAAAGGGGAAGGUUAUGCAGACAUGGAAUAUGCAAUGAUGGUGUCCAUGGGUGCAGUGCAGGAGGACACACCUGUGGUUACCAUUGUGCACGACUGCCAGGUGCUUGACAUAGCAGAGGAGCUGCUGGAUGAUCAUGAUUUAACUGUGGAUUACAUCCUCACUCCAACAAGGACUAUCCAGACUAAUUGCAAACGACCUAAACCUCAGGGAAUAAUGUGGCACAAGGUCAGCUCUGAGAUGCUGGGAAAAAUCCCCAUCCUAAAGACUCUUAGAAGCAGGGAGAAGCAGGCUGGCAAGGAUGUCACCCUCCAGGAUGAGCACCCAGCCUUGGCAAACACCAGCAGAGCAGCAAUUUCAAACAAGAAGGUGAUGGCUGCAAACACCCAACCAUGGGCUGCUCCAGGCUCAGCUCCAGUGGGACAACAUGUGGAAAGUGAUCCUGUCAAUUCCAAAUUAGAGGGAUCUGACACAAUUACCACUGUGUAUGUGGGGAACUUGCCUGGCAGCCUGAGAGUGAGUGAGCUGAAAAGUGCUCUGAGGGAAUUGCAGGUGACUCCUGUUAGGCUGAGCUGGCAGGGAGCACAGCACAGAGCUUUCCUGGAUUACAGGGAUCCAGGAGCUGCAGACAGAGCUGUGUCCUCCUUGCAGGGCCUGAGCCUUGGGGGCAAUGCUCUGAGAGCAGAGCUGGCCAAGAACCAGAGGAGCAAAGGGCAAGGAGAAACCAAUACUCACAGAUGAAUAUGGAGAAGAAAAAAAAAAAAAAAACCAAAACAAAAAAACAAGGUGUUUUCAUUGUUUUGUGAGAAGCCAACCUGAAGUUUUAAGGUUUUUUGUAACCCUCAGGUUUAACAAAACCAAAUUUCUGCACAAACUUUCCUCACUCCUGCACUUGGACAUGCAAAGGUUUGUCCCCACAGAGGAGCAUUUCUCUAGGAGCAAUUGCCCACAAAGGUUGGAGUCAGUGAGUCAGGGGUCUCUGAAUCCUUCACCCACACUCUGGUUUCGGUGCUGUUUGUAGUUUUGUUAAGCCUGGCUUAAAGCCCUGCCCCUUGGCACCUGCAGCAAGGAGGUUCCAGUCAGUCCAGUCAUUUAAGGUUACACCUACCCCAUUAUACCUGUCAGGUUAAAAGACAGCAGCAGGAAAUCUGUCCUGAGGGUAACAAUUCUGUUUACUAAAAAAAUGGGCUUUGCCUGUUGGGAGUUUUAAAUUUAUUUUUUUAUAAAAAUGCCAGGGAGAGAGAGAUUGUCUGUUUUGUGCCUUGAGGAAUGGCUGUGGAAACACUGCCUUAGUGCUAAUAAGAGCUGGAAACAUCAGGUGGGAAAGAUGAGAACCCUUUUCUGAGCUUUUUGCUAAAUCAGCCCUUGGCAAACCUUAGAUUUCUUAUUUCAGAAGAAAGCAAAUCCCAGUUUUCUCUGUUUUCCCCCCAAACUGCCUUUCUGAUGGAUCAGGUAAUUAUAAAACAGCUGCUUUUCCUGACUGUCUCUUAUGGGAUGUGAUUCCUUUGCCUCUGUGAAAUAACAUUAUUUUUAUUAUUAUUAUUGUUGUUGUUGUUGUGGAAAGCAGGCACACCAUGGUCAGAACUUGGUGCUUAGUGUGGCAUGGAAUUCUUUGGGAAUUUGCUGGAGAUUGUAGCAAAGCCUUUGUCCCUUUGUCACCAUCCCUGAUGGUGUAAUGGCCAAUAAUGACUAUAAUUCCCCCCUCCUUUUUUUUCCCUGGGUUUUCUAUUCCUGAAAAACAAGAUGAAUUUUGGCCCAGCCAUCCUUUCUAAACAGAAGCACUUUUGCCAGUGAUGCUGGGCAUAUAGUCAAAGUAAGCAUCUAAAUGGAUUUUGGUUUUUUUAAGUAAGAGUUGGAAACUUUUUUUUUUUAGCCAGGGAGUACUUUUAAGUGUAUUUUGAGCAGAUUAUUAUGCCUGGAGGGUCAGACAUUUAUUCAGUAUUAAAUAAAUGUUCUCAUCAUUAUCAUGUGGCUCUGUAGGGAAGGGCUCAAGGAAAGCUUUGGAGCUGCAUCCAGCCCUGGGAUCCCAGCACAGGAAGGACAUGGAGCUGUUGGACAGAGUCCAGAGGAGGUGCCAGGAUGAGCAGAGGGAUGGAGCAGCUCUGCUGGGAGGAAAGGUAGAGAGAAGGAAGGAAGGCUUGGAGGUGAGCUCAUUGUGGCUUUCCAAUGGAAAUGACUCCUCCUCCUGAUGGAGAGGGACACUGGACAGGGGGAAUGGCUUCAAAGAUGGGAUGUCAGGGAGAAAUCCUUCCCUGGGAGGGAGCCAGAACAGCUGUGGCUGCCCCUGCAUCCCUGGAAGUGCCCAAGGCCAGGCUGGACACUGGGCUUGCAGCACCCUGGGACAGUGGAAGGUGUCCUUGUUCCCAGCACAGGGGUUGGAACAAGAUGAUCUUUCAAAUCCCUUCCAACCCAAACUAUUCUGUCAUUCUGUGAACUUCUUGUUAAGUCAGCAAAGGAUCUGGAAAAAAUCAGUGGUUCCAUUCCCUUCUUUGUACAGCUCCAAGAGAUUUCCAGUAUCACUGAGUCCAAAUUCAGACAAGCACUGCACAACCCUCUGGGUCUCAUUUCAGGCCUUGUGCAUUCAAGGCUGGGAGUCAGGGUUGGGUUACUACCCAAACACACUCACUGCAUCAUCAGCUUCCAAAGCAGAGGAAAGAAAAGCAAAAAAAUAAUUAUCUAUCCCUGCCUGCCCCUUACAAGUGAUGGCAAAUUGAGUAAUGGGAUCAUUUGCUGUUCCUUUUGACUCUGGGAUAUUUCUUACUCUGCUGAAGAUGUCCAGGUGACCUUAGCAGUUAAAAGUCAAUGACUCUGCCAAGGAAAACUUCCAGCAUCUCAAACUUCCCCUGUUGCAUUUCAGGAGGAACCACCCUUUUCUGGUCAUAUUUGUGGGAAUCACAUCCUCUGCCUUCUUUCCUUUCUUCCCAUCUGAAGUUUCAGUGCAGAUGUGUUUAUGUGUUCUGGAAAUGUGGUAACUCUGCUUGCUUUCCUGUCAGCCCAGCCUGCAGCCAGGGGCCAGUUUUGUUUGGACAAACAUCUGGAUGUUUUUCUGUUUGCAGUUGUGGUUCUGGGUGAAGCCCACAGGUGAGCAGUGUCCAAAAUCUUGGCUCUUUCCAGCCUGUCACUUUUUUUCUGUCAUGUGUUUCAAGGCCACAUUUCACAGUAUUUACCCAAUAUCCAGAAUUAAACUCCAAACCAUGCUAGGAGGAGAUGCUGACUAGGGAUAUAUGCAAAUAUGAAACCAGGAGGAAUUUCUUCAUGGAAAGGGUGGUCAGGAAUUGGAAGGGGCUGCCAGGGAGGUGAUGGAGGUGUCCAAGGAAAAGCUGGACAUGGCACUCAGUGCUCUGGGCUGGUGGCAAGGUAAGGAUGGCUCACAGAUUGGAUUUGAUGAUCCUGGAGCUCUUUUUCAACUUUUAUGGUUCUAUGAACUGUAGUUAGGAAGAAAAAUAAUUGCUGUAAGCUUAAGCUUAUUGGCAUUUUGAAUGGACUGGAAAAAUGCUGCAGUGAUCCUUGUAUUUUUGAUCCAGGUAAUUAAUAAAUGUCAAGGUUUUUCAGGUGCUGCCAUCUCAGUCAGUAAAUUCCUCUCUGAAAUGAGUGCAGUUUUACCUUGGAGAGUCAGGGAAGCAAGGGCAGGGAUUGGGGUCUCAGUGCUGCUCCUCUCCAGCUAAAAGACAUUUUAGUGCCAAACUGCUGUUGAAUUAAAUUUAAUGAAUUAAAGACAAGAGUGGCCAAGGCACAGCCCUGCAUGGCCUUCUGGUGUCUCCAGCUGUAUGAUGUGGAUUUUCUCUUGUGGGCUGACCCUAAAGGAAACAGCAGACUGUGCAGAAAAAGUGAAUGGGGCAGUCUGCCUCUCUGAGCCAUUGUUCCAGGCUCUCGGCAUGCUCAGGAACGCAUCACUUAGAGCAAAGUCAGGAGGGAUUUCUGUAAGUCCACAAAACUCUGAAAUGCAAGAAAUCCUUGGGUUCUAAUCUCAUUAAAAAUCUCAAGGAAUUGAA